AUGACAGUCUUUGUUUUGUAUGUACAAGCAGAUUUUGAGGGAAUCGAAGAACUCAUUUUUCCUGAAAAUUAUACAUGGUGUUUUGAUAUAGAGCAAAGUGCUGGCUCAUUAACUAAAGAAAGGAUUACUGUUGAUCCCAAUGAAAAUAUUGAGAUGGAAAAUAGCAGAGGCGUUGUAAAUUUUGCAAUGAAAUGGGAAUCAGAUAAAAGACAGUCAACAAUUACUUGUGUUAAGUUGAAUAAUAUCUCAAGGAUGAAAGUAACUAGCGAGGAUGAAGGGAAACUAGUUCCAGUUGCAGCUUUUGACUGCAGAGGAAUCAACUUAACUAAGUGGAAUCCAAGUUUUGGUUAUAAUGUAAUUUCAAAUACUGGGAAAAAAUUUGAAAACAUCAAUUUAGAGGAGUUUGAAUGGUGCGAUUUUGAUGAGAAUUCCAAUGAAUCUGUUGGAAUUUAUAAUUUAAAGAGUGAAUUUAGAACCCACAAAGUUUAG